AUGAGGCUUUUCCGCCGCCGCUCCGGCCCCUUGAAGGCGGCUCUGGCGGGCGCCGCCUUCCUCCUCCUCUUCCUCUUCACGGUGCCGAGGGACGCGGCGCGCAGGGAGCGGGGCGAGGAGGAGCCGUGGCUGCGGAACAUCGCGCAGGGCAAGGCGCAGGUGCUGGACCUGAUGCUCGGGGCCGUCCACAACCUGCGGGACUCGAUGCCCAAACUGCAGAUCGGGGCCCCGCAGCCCCCCCGGGAGCCGCUGCCCCGCGGGGGCCGCUCCUGCCCGCCCGGGGUCUACACGGCGGCCGAGCUGCGGCCCCUCCUCGAGAGACCCCCCCAGGACCCCGCCAGCCCCGGCGCCGACGGGAAACCCUUCAAGAAGGAGCGCUGGAGCCCCGAGGAGAGCAGGGAGAAGGAGAAGGGCUACGAGAAGCACUGCUUCAACGCCUUCGCCAGCGACCGCAUCUCCCUGCAGAGAGCGCUGGGGCCCGACAGCCGCCCCCCCGAGUGCAUCGACCAGAAGUUCAAGCGCUGCCCGCCCCUGCCGAGCACCAGCGUGGUGAUCGUGUUCCACAACGAGGCCUGGUCCACCCUGCUCCGAACCGUCUACAGCGUCCUGCACUCGGCCCCCGCCAGCCUGCUCAGGGAGGUCAUCCUCGUCGAUGAUGCCAGCACCGACGAGUACCUGAAGGAGGAGUUGGAUCGCUACGUGGAGCAGCUGCAGAUCGUGCGCGUGGUGCGGCAGCGGGAGCGCAAGGGGCUCAUCACGGCGCGGCUCCUCGGGGCCAGCGUGGCCAGCGGGGACGUGCUCACCUUCCUGGACGCCCACUGCGAGUGUUUCCAGGGCUGGCUGGAGCCGCUGCUGUCUCGCAUCGCGCACGAGCCGCGGGCCGUGGUGAGCCCCGACAUCGCCACCAUCGACCUGCACACCUUCGAGUUCUCCAAGCCCGUGCCCGGCGGGAAGCAGCACAGCCGCGGCAACUUCGACUGGAGCCUCACCUUCGGCUGGGAGCUGCUCCCGGCCCGCGAGCGGCAGCGCAGGAAGGACGAGACCUUCCCCAUCAAGUCUCCCACCUUCGCCGGGGGCCUCUUUGCCAUCUCCCGGUCCUACUUCGAGCACCUCGGCUCCUACGACGACCAGAUGGAGAUCUGGGGGGGGGAGAAUGUCGAAAUGUCCUUCAGGGUGUGGCAGUGUGGGGGGCAGGUGGAGAUCAUCCCCUGCUCCGUGGUGGGCCACGUGUUCCGCUCCAGGAGCCCGCACACCUUCCCCAAGGGCACGCAGGUGAUCUCCAGGAACCAGGUGCGCCUGGCCGAGGUCUGGAUGGACGACUACAAGGAGAUCUUCUACAGGAGGAACCAGCAGGCGGCCCAGAUGGCCAGGGAGAAGUCGUUUGGUGACAUUACAGAGCGGCUGCGGCUGCGGGAGCGGCUCCACUGCCGGAACUUCACGUGGUACCUGCAGAACGUUUACCCCGAGAUGUUCGUCCCCGACCUCACCCCGACCUUCUACGGGGCGAUAAAAAACGAGGGCACCAAGAGCUGCCUGGACGUCGGGGAGAACAACCACGGGGGGAAACCCCUCAUCAUGUACCCCUGCCACGGGCUGGGGGGCAACCAGUAUUUCGAGUACACGAGCCAGCGGGAGCUGCGCCACAACAUCGGCCGGGAGCUUUGCCUGCGGGCGGGGCCGGGCCCGGCCGAGCUGGGCGAGUGCCAGUUCCGAGGGAAGCCCGGCCGGGUGCCCGCGAACGAGGAGUGGGAGCUGGGACAGAAUCGGCUCAUUAAGAACUUGGCCUCGGGCUCGUGUCUGACGGCUCGGGGGCCUCACCCAGCGCUGGUUCCCUGCGACCUCACCGACCCCCACCAGCUCUGGGCCUUCACCUGAUCGGGGCUGAGCCCCCCCGGCCCCGACCACACUCAGGAAAACCAGAACCCACAAAGAAACCAACCCAAAACCUUCCUCAGUUGCUUUAAUUCAAGAAGCAAAAGCCUUAAAACUGCUGCGUUUCACCGUGGCCUCAAACUGACUCCUGUGCCUUCGGAGCGGGGAACUCCGGGAACCGAGCUGGGCCCGGGGGGCUCCUCCAGGACCCCCAAAA